UGUCAUGGGGGAGGUGGUGGCGCUUGGUGGCUCCUGGCGGCCGAGGUAGAGGAAGAGGCACUGGAGUUGGUCCGGAGGCAGCGGCAGAUUUGAGGCUGCUACAAUAACUUCCAGGGAAGACUGCCAGUACAUCUGCUGUUGUAACCCAAGAUCUUGAUACACAUCCAUAGAUCGGAAUAUUAGUGGGACAGCAAUCCUCAGACGCCUCACUUAGGACAGAUUAUAAAAAUUAAAAUGAACAAACUACGGCAAAGUUUUCGAAGAAAGAAAGAUGUUUAUGUUCCAGAAGCCAGUCGUCCACAUCAGUGGCAGACAGAUGAAGAAGGGGUUCGCACGGGAAAAUGUAGCUUCCCAGUUAAGUACCUUGGCCAUGUGGAAGUUGAUGAGUCAAGAGGAAUGCACAUCUGUGAAGAUGCUGUAAAAAGACUGAAAGCUGAAAGGAAGUUCUUCAAAGGCUUCUUUGGAAAAGACCUCAUAGUUGACCAGACAAUAGAGAAAGUCUCAUUCUGUGCCCCAGAUAGGAACUUUGAUAGAGCCUUCUCUUACAUCUGUCGGGAUGGCACCACGCGACGCUGGAUCUGUCACUGCUUCAUGGCUGUCAAGGACACGGGUGAAAGACUGAGCCAUGCAGUAGGCUGUGCCUUCGCAGCCUGUUUAGAGCGUAAACAGAAGCGGGAGAAGGAAUGUGGAGUGACUGCUACUUUUGAUGCCAGUCGGACCACUUUUACAAGAGAAGGAUCAUUCCGUGUCACAACUGCUACUGAACAAGCAGAAAGAGAGGAGAUCAUGAAACAAAUGCAAGAUGCUAAGAAAGCUGAAACAGAUAAGACAGUUGUUGGUUCAUCAGCAGCCCCUGGCAACACUGCUCCAUCCCCGUCCUCUCCUACUUCUCCCACUCUGGAUCCCACUGCCUCUCUGGAGAUGAACAAUCCUCAUGCCAUCCCACGUCGGCAUGCACCAAUUGAACAGCUUGCUCGCCAAGGCUCUUUCCGUGGAUUUCCUGCUCUUAGCCAGAAGAUGUCACCCUUUAAACGCCAACUAUCCCUACGCAUCAACGAGUUGCCUUCCACUAUGCAGCGGAAGACUGAUUUCCCCAUAAAAAAUGCAGUGCCAGAGGUAGAAGGAGAGGCAGAAAGCAUCAGCUCCCUGUGUUCUCAGAUCACCAAUGCCUUCAGCACACCCUCUGAGGACCCCUUCUCCUCUGCUCCGAUGACCAAACCAGUGACUGUGGUGGCACCACAGUCUCCUACCUUCCAAGCUAAUGGCACUGACUCAGCCUUCCAUGUGCUUACUGCUAAGCCAGCUCAUACUGCUCUAGCACCCGUAGCAAUGCCUGUGCGUGAAACCAACCCUUGGGCCCAUGUCCCUGAUGCUGCUAACAAGGAAAUUGCAGCCACACAUCCGGGGACCGAGUGGGGUCAGUCUUCUGGUGCCGCCUCUCCAGGCCUCUUCCAGGCCGGGCAUAGACGCACUCCCUCUGAGGCUGACCGCUGGCUAGAAGAAGUAUCGAAGAGUGUCCGGGCCCAGCAGCCCCAGGUCUCAGCUGCCCCUCUGCAGCCAGUUCUCCAGCCACCUCCACCCACCGCCAUCUCCCAGCCAGCACCACCUUUCCAAGGGAGUGCAUUCCUCACCUCUCAGCCUGUGCCAGUGGGUGUGGUCACCCCCCUGCAGCCAGCCUUUGUCCCUGUCCAGUCCUAUCCUGUGGCUAACGGGAUGCCCUAUUCAGCCCCUAACGUGCCUGUGGUAGGCAUCACCCCCUCCCAGAUGGUAGCCAAUGUGUUUGGCACUGCAGGUCAUCCUCAGGCUGCUCACCCCCGUCAGUCACCCAGCCUGGUCAGGCAGCAGACAUUCCCUCAGUAUGAGACAAGCAGUACCACUGCCAGUCCCUUCUUUAAGCCUCCUGCUCAGCACCUCAACGGUUCUGCAGCUUUCAAUGGUGUAGAUGAUGGCAGGUUGGCUGCAGGGGACAAGCACACAGAGGUUCCUGCAGGCCACGGUCCAGUUGAUCCUUUCGAAGCCCAGUGGGCUGCAUUAGAAAGCAAGUCCAAGCAGCGUACUAACCCCUCCCCUACCAACCCAUUCUCCAGGGACUUACAGAAGACAUUUGAAAUUGAACUUUAGGCGAUCUUUACGGCAUAUGUAUCUUGUCUGUACUUAGGCAAGGGCCGGGCAUGAACGUCAAACAAGCAAAGGGGACCUGGUCUUCCCGGUCAGUCCACUUCUCACUAACCCUAAAGGAGCAAGUCCAGGCACCAAGUGCAGUGAGGGGUGAUCUGGAAAGAAGUGGGGGAAACCAGUCCUAGAAAACACUUGCAGCUAGACUAAAGAAGCCAAGGAAGUGUCGCCCUCUGUACCUGCCUCCCUCACCCCCUUACAAACCUCUGGCAACAGAGAGGCAGAAGAAUCUGAGCAGGAAUCUGUAUUCAAAGCACAUUUUACUGGAAUAGAAAACAGUAGGAAGCAAAAUGACCUCCUUUCAUUUUUCAGACCAUUCACCUACUUCCUCCUAGUACUGGCCUGUCCUAGAGACCAGGAACAACGUGGCUUGUGCUCAGGCUAGGAAAAGCAGCAGGCUGUGCUGCCCGAAUUCUUGUGUGCAACAGCACUGCUCAACAGAGCUAGAUUUGGGGGGUCAAGUUGAGCUUCCAUUUUGAGUUAACAGAAUAUUAUAAAUAUAUAUCAAAAGCCAAAAUCUUUAUUUUUAUGCAUUUAGAAUAUUUUAAAUAGUUCUCAAUAUUAAAAAGUUGUAUAAGUUGUAAGUAAUCUUGCCAAAAGUAAAAGGGUUAGUUGUAAGAAAUUGUUCAUAAGAUUGAUUUAUCAUUGAUGCCUAUGGAAGUAAAAAGAGGGAGGGUUGAAAGCUGCGGGCAGGAUCCUGGUCUGUCUGUGGUCAUUCAUUGUAAGUAGCACAUUGCAACAACAAUCAUACUUAUGACCAAUACCGUCACUAGAUUGUGGUUUUAAAUAAAGAAAAUGAAAGCAGUAUUGUCCUGGUUUUAAAACUAUGAUAAAACCCUAAUGCCAUUAUUUUGAUGAAAUCAAUCGAUGCUCUAGAAAAUGUUAUUUUUUAUAUAUUGUUGCAAUUUCCUUACAUUACUCCUUUAUUUUAACACUAAGGUGACAAUGACAUAAUCAUAUCCACAGAAGGGAACACAGGCUGUGUUGGUUUGUAAUGUGGGUUUUGUCCUUUAAAUUUUGUCCCUGCAAGUUUUGUGGGAAUGGGAAAUGUGGUUUUAUUCACCGUGUGCACCCUCCCCUCCCCUCCC